CCUGCCCUCCAUCUCGCCAGCUGGUGCAACAGGAGGGCGAACUUCUCAGGCGGAGUCGUGGCGCGCAGCUGCUAAACCAACGUUGCAGUGGCUGGAGAGUUUGCCAAGAGAGGAGCGGAGCCGCGGCCCAGGGCUGAGAAAAGGCUCGAGAAAAAGGCUUAUUUGGUCGCAGCCAGAAGUGAAGGAAGGGAAUUAGGGGACAGCAGCCCCCGAGGCUUUGAGGUUUCUCCCGGCGAAGGUUCUCAGCGCAUCCCGGUUGGUUCUGCUGCGGGGGGAUCUCCAGGUGUCCUGAGCCUUGCUGAGACAUCAUGUCCUACCCCAGUGCUCCCCCAGGUUAUGAUGACAGGAAUCCCCUCCAUCCACCACCACCUGGGGGAUAUCCUGCUGGAUACCCUGGGGGGGCUUACCCCCAGCCUCCACCAUAUGGGAGUGGGUAUCCACAACCAGGAAUGUAUCCUCAACCAGUUCCUCCUAUGCCAGCUUUCUCAAUGAACUAUGGUGACGGCUAUGACAAUAGUGGUACAGAAGGGAAUGAGGCCUUCAGUUCAGGAGACUGGGAUAACAAGAAAAUUCGACAUGCUUUCAUCCGCAAGGUGUACAGCAUCAUCGCAGUGCAGCUACUUGUGACUGUGGGCAUCAUUGCAGUUUUCACCUUUGUCACCCCUGUAAGCAGUUUUGUGCGAAGGAAUGCUGCUGUGUAUUAUGUGUCUUAUGCUGUAUUCCUGGUCACGUAUCUGGUGUUGGUGUGCUGUGAAGGUCCACGGAGACGCUUUCCAUGGAACAUCAUCCUUCUGUCUAUCUUCACACUGGCUAUGGGUUUCAUGACAGGCGCCAUUUCUAGUUAUUAUAAUACAAGAGCUGUUCUCCUUGCUGCGAUAAUCACAGCCAUUGUUGCCUUUAUAGUCACCAUCUUUUGCUUCCAGACCAAGGUUGAUUUUACAUCCUGUACUGGCUUGUUCUGUGUGUUGGGCAUUGUUGUCAUGGUGACUGGGAUCAUCACUGCAAUUGUCCUGUCCUUCAAAUAUAUUUACUGGCUCCACAUGCUGUAUGCAGCCAUUGGUGCAAUUGUUUUCACCCUGUUUCUUGCAUAUGAUACCCAGUUGGUGUUGGGCAACAGAAAACAUAUGAUCAGCCCUGAGGAAUAUGUAUUCGGAGCCAUCAAGAUAUACACGGACAUAGUCUACAUCUUCACCUUCCUUUUGCAGAUUGUAGGCAGCAGAAAUUAAGAAUCUGAAGGCUGCUUCUGAAGCCUUCCCCAGAGGUUCAAAGGAACACCAUUUUUUCUGAAUAUAAUGCUCUGCUGCUUUGCUCUUACCUCCUGCAUAUGUAUAGAAGCUACUGGUGGAUUCAUAAAGUGAACAGCAAUAAGUGGGAGGCUGCAGAUUCUGUACAGCGUGAGCAUUGACUGUUAUCCAUAAAAUGUCCGCAUUUCUCUGUUCCCAAUCAUCAAACCCAUGCUUUAUCUAGUACCCUGUAUAGAAUGCACUGUAUGUAUGUUACCACCUUGGUGUGCAGUAUCAUAGUCCUUUCAACUUCCCUUGAAGUUUUGUCCUCAUAAUUAACUAAUAUGCCCAAUAGAAAACCUCCAAUUCCAGGAAUCCACAUCAUGUGUGCAAAUAAAAUUUAUAUUUUUGAAUAA